ACGUGCUCUGAGUGCGGGAAAAGCUUCAGUCGGCGCUCAGUCCUUAUCAGACAUCAGAGAAUCCACACAAGGGAGAUGCCCUACACAUGCUCUGAGUGUGGGAAAAGCUUCAAUCAGAGCUCUGUCCUGAGCACACACAGGAGAAUCCACACAGGGGAGACGCCCUACACGUGCUCUGAGUGCAGGAAAAGCUUCAUUGAAUCGAGUCCCCUUCUUGAUCAUCAGAGAAUCCACACAGGGGAGAGGCCCUACGAAUGUCGUGAGUGUGGGAAAACCUUCACUCAAAUAUCAAACCUUUCUGUUCAUCAGAGAAUCCACACGGGUGAAAGGCCCUACGAAUGCCGUGAGUGUGGGAAAAGCUUCACUCAAAGAGCAGCCCUUUCUGUUCAUCAGAGAAUCCACACGGGGGAAAGGCCCUACAAAUGCAGUGAGUGUGGGAAAACCUUCACUCAAAGAGCAGCCCUUUCUGUUCAUCAGAGAAUCCACAUGGGGGAAAGGCCCUACGAAUGCCAUGAGUGUGGGAAAACCUUCAAUCGCAGCUCAAACCUUUCUGAACAUCAGAGAAUCCACACAGGGGACAGGCCCUACAAAUGCAGUGAGUGUGGGAAAACCUUCACUACCAGCUCAGCCCUUUCUGUUCAUCAGAGAAUCCACACAGAGAAGAGGCCCUAUGAAUGCAGUGAGUGUGGGAAAAACUUCACUCAAAGAUCAGCCCUUUCUAGACAUCAGAGAAUCCACACAGGGGAGAGGCCCUACAAAUGCCGUGAGUGUGGGAAAACCUUCAAUCGCAGCUCAGACCUUUCUAAACAUCAGAGAAUCCACACAGGGGACAGGCCCUACAAAUGCUGUGAGUGUGGGAAAAGCUUCACUGAAAGAUCAGUCCUUUCUGUUCAUCAGAGAAUCCACACAGGGGACAGGCCCUACAAAUGCCGUGAGUGUGGGAAAACCUUCACUAGGAGCUCACACCUUUCUAGACAUCAGAGAAUCCACACGGGGGACAGGCCCUACGAAUGCCGUGAGUGUGGGAAAACCUUCUCUUGGCACUCAGCCCAUAUUAGCCAUCAGAGAAUCUGCACGGGCCUGUAUCCAAAUACAUGUAGUGAGUGUGGGAAAAACUUCCAUUACCGCUCAGCCCUUAUUCGACAUGAGAUAAUCCACUCGAAAGAGACACCUUACAAAUGCUGUGAGUGUGGGAAAAGCUUCAAUCCUACCUCAGCUCUCAGCAGGCAUCAGCGAAUACACAGAGGAGACAAACCCUAUGAAUGCCGUGAGUGCGGGAAAAGCUUCACUCAGAGAUAUACCCUUAACUCUCAUCAGAGAAUCUACACAGAAGAGCGACCCUACAAAUGCUGCAAGUGCAGGAAAAGCUUCACUCAGAGAUCAGCCCUUAUCUCUCAUCAGACAACGCACACGGGAGAGCGACCCUAUGAAUGCUGUGAGUGCGGGAAAAACUUCACCCGAAGCUCAAACCUUACUAGGCAUCAGAGGGUCCACACAGGAGAGAGACCUUAUGAAUGCCGUGAGUGCGGGAAAAGUUUCAGUCACUUCUCCUCCCUUAUCUCUCACCAGAGAGUCCACACAGGAGAGAGACCCCAUGAAUGUUGCGAGUGUGGAAAAAGCUUCUCUCGGAGCUCAAACCUUACUGUGCAUCAGAGGAUCCACACAGGAGAGAAACCCUAUGAAUGCAGUGAGUGCGGGAAAAGCUUCACUCAUAGCUCAGGCCUUUCUAAACAUCAGAGAAUCCGCACUGGUGCAAACCCUUAUAGCUGCAAUAAGUGUGGAAAAAACUUAUGCGACUACUCAGCCCUUCUUAAUCAUCAGAGAAUCCACACAGGCGACUGGCCCUAUGAAUACAAUGAGUGUGGGAAAACCUUCACUCGAAGAUCAACCCUUUCUGUUCAUCAGAGAAUCCACACAGGGGACAGGCCCUACAAAUGCCAUGAGUGUGGGAAAACCUUCACUCAAAGAUCAACCCUUUCUGUUCAUCAGAGAAUCCACACAGGGGACAGGCCCUAUGAAUGCCGUGAGUGUGGGAAAACCUUCACUAGCAGCUCAGCCCUUUCUAAACAUCAGAGAAUCCACACAGGGAAGAGGCCCUACGAAUGCAGUGAGUGUGGGAAAACCUUCACCAGCAGCUCAGACCUUUCUAAACAUCAGAGAAUCCACACAAGGAAGAGGCCCUACGAAUGCCGUGAGUGUGGGAAAAGCUUUAGUCAGCGCUCAAACGUUAUCGCACAUCAGAGAAUCCACACAGGGGAGAGGCCCUACGAAUGCCAUGAGUGUGGGAAAACAUUCUCUUGGCACUCAGCCCAUAUUAGCCAUCAGAGAAACUGCAAGGGCAGUGAACACCAUAAAACCCUCUAGGGCUUUCAAUUUUUUUUCUUUAAUACUUUUCCUGAUUCCCACAUAAUAACUUUUUAAAUCUGUUUGAACUGUUUGCAGCACCGUUAUCCCUCAGCUUGGACAGAUGAGUGGCCCAUUUAUGCCUUUUGUAGUUUGCCUUCUUUUGACGUGGGCCCAUUUGUCCCUUCUAUCAACUCAAUUAUCCCACAAGUAAUUGGAGUGUGCCCUUCCUAUGAGGAACCAGGGAGCGUCACAUUUAUACCAUUUCUCCUACUGCAAAGUUAUUGUUAGAGUUGCCAGUGGUACAGAUUGUAUCCUUGCCAAUUGUUCUCACGUUGC